AUGUUUUUAGACCGUUUAAUUCGUGAAAUAUAUGCCAAAUUAUGUUCAGGUGUUGAAGGCUUCAAGAGCGUCGUAGACCGUGUCAUCAGCAGGGUGAAGCAGUACAAUGAGAAAGUUGUAGACUCAAAUGACAAGGUAAGUGAACCGAUUAAUGAACUAUUAGGUAAGGUGAGAGACGAGUAUACCAAGUCAAUUACUAGCAUUCCAGAUAAAACGGACUUGAAAAUCAUGACUCCAGAAGAAAUCGGCAAGAUUGUCUCGCCCGUUGAUAAGUUGAGAGAUGCGUGCAUAAGCAGCGCAAAGUCAUUUGACACCAAACUUACUAAGUUAACUAAGCAUAUUAAUGAUCUUAAUUAUAAAUUGCGUGACAGUGUAAAAACUACGCGUGAGCGUAUUCAGCUUGAGACUGCACGUGUUGAGGCGAUGUCCAAAAAGGAACGCGAGAACUACGACGCGGUUAUAAAGCUGCUCGAAGAUUCCGCAGAAAACUUGAAAAAAGUGGUAAACCAAAAAGUUAAGAAUGAUGUGAGUUCGCUAGUCGCGGAGUUGAAGAGAAGGGUUUCGGAGAUUUUGAAAAAGCUGGAGACAAUUUUUUCCAGUUUGCAGCAGUAUGUCAGCAAGUUGCAGGAAUGGAUUAAGAAAGCAGAUGCCGACGUUAAGUCGGCACACGCGCAGGUUGAAAGUAUAUUGAGGGAAGUGAAUGAGAAUCCCAUGUCGGCAAACAGGCAGAAUGUCGAGGCCGCCGCACUGCAGUUGAAAGGAAAGCGGAAGAGUUUGUUGCUGCAGGACAGAAGGCAAAAGAGACGUUGCGAAACAGUAAGCUGCGCUUGCGAUGUAAAAAGAUGA